AUGUCGCCACAGCAGGAGGGGAUGCUCACCAAAUUACAAGAUCGUAACCUGUUCUUUGGAGGAAUGUCAAAAAUAUGUCCCCACAGCUUCAAGGGCUCAAGGUCGGUAAAACACCUGGCGACACAAUGUGGCGGAAUGUUGGACCUGUACUACAAGAAACGCCAUGAUGAAGUUGUCAGAUGCCUUCACUUUCUUUACACCAAGAAGUAUGGAUUAAACCGGAGCAGUAAGCUCAAGAAUUACAAGGUUGAAAAGGUAAUAUCGAAUGAUAGAAUAAAGAUAAAAUCGGACAUAAAAAUGGAGACGGCACUGUCCCUUGAAUACAACAAGCCCGACCUGAUGAUACAUGACCGGAGAACGAAGGAAAUCCCACUGGUUGAGGUUCGCAUCACCAACAAGAUCAUCCUGGCCAAGACCGAGUUGCGAAAGUCUCGGAGAUACGACGUACUGAAAAAUGAGCUCAGGGUAAUGUACCCCGGGUGCAAAGUAAUUACAGUACCAGUGGUAAUGAUCUGGGAUGGACUGGUGACAAGAAAUUUUAAGGGAUAUAUGAAACAGCUCGAAGUCACCGACAGGCUGCUGGCAUACAUGCAGUCGGUAGUCUUAAAGCGAACCUGCGAGAGCAUCUUGGAAGACCGCCGAAGAAUACAAAUAGGGGACUGGCUGGAGGAUGAGGUGGAUGAAAUGAUGGCUCAGCUCGAGACUCAGCCCGCAGGGCCAAAACAAGGAGCUCAAUUAAUGACUAGAUGA